UCCCGUUUGGACUUAGCCUAGACUCAGUCGAUGAUGGGUUAUGAUUGAUUGCUGUGAUCUAUUGGACAUAACAGUCGUAGAUUGAUUCUGUAUAGAUGAUGUAUACGUUGGAUUCUGGCUCACCUUGAAGGUAUAUCCAGGGAGCAAAGGUCGCUCAAUUCGACAUCAGAACAGAACAUCCAUCUCCUCCAAACACAACUCCAAAAGACUCAAACCCUCUCUCCUCCUCAAUCUACAAGAAAACUCCAUCAGCAUGCGUUUCAACCUCGCCGCCCUCUCCCUCCUCCUGGCAGUCACUGUCAACGCCAUUCCCACCGACAAGACCGGUGCAACAGACAAGACUGACAUCGACACUACCGACAAAACCGACAAGUCUGGCAAGGUCGAUGAGAUUGGCAUAGACAAGAUUGACAAGACUGAUAAGUCUGAUAAGUCUGAUAAGUCUGAUAAGGACAAGCCAGACAAGAAGGACAAGUCAGACAAGAAGGACAAGUCAGACAAGUCUGACAAGGUUGACAAGGUUGACAAGGUUGACAAGGUUGACAAGGUUGACAAGGUUGACAAGUCUGAAAAGAUCCAUAAGGAGAAGGAUGAUAAGGAGAAGGACGAUAAGGAGAAGGACGACAAGGUGAAGGACGACAAGAAGGACGAUAAGGAGAAGGACGACAAGAAGAAGGAUGACAAGAAGGACGAUAAGGAGAAGGACGACAAGAAGAAGGAUGACAAGGUGAAGGAGAAGGACGACAAGAAGAAGGACGAUAAGGAGAAGGACGACAAGAAGGAUGAUAAGUCUGACAAGGAUGACAAGUCUGACAAGAGUGACAAGACUGAAAAGACUGAAAAGAUCCACAAGGAGAAGGAUGACAAGGAGAAGGAUGACAAGGAGAAGGAUGACAAGAAGGAUGACAAGAAGGAUGACAAGAAGGAUGACAAGGAAAAGUCGGAUAAGACUGAUAAGUCUGACAAAUCUGACAAGAGUGACAAGACCAAAAAGACUGAAAAGGAUGAUAAGGAGAAGGACAACAAGGAGAAGGAUGACAAGGAGAAGUCAGAUAAGACUGAAAAGUCUGACAAGGAUGACAAGGACAAGUCCGAUAAGUCUGAAAAGGAGAAGAGUGAUAAGGACGAAUCAGACAAGAAGGACAAGUCUGACAAGGACAAGAGCAGCAAAGCCUGCAACGACAGCUCCCUCCUCGACAUCCUCAAGAAGCGCGGCCAGGAAGGCCACUACGCCUGCAACGAUGACCAACUCACCAACGUGUUGAAGGGCCGCAGUGAAAAGGGCCAGUUUGUCUGCGAAGACAGCCACCUCAUCGAGAUCCUCAAGAAGCGCGGCGAAGAGGGCCAGAAGAAAUGCAACGACGACCACCUUUUGGGAAUUCUGAAGCGUGGUGGCAGCGGCAAGUGCACCUGUGAUGAUGGCCAUCUGCUCACCAUCCUGAAGAAGCGUGACGAGACUGCCGGUUUCAAGGUCAGCGCGGUUCGUUCCCUUUAAAUCGAGUGGGUAUACGAUCAG